UGGCUUGCUAUUAGCUGACUAAAAGUCGUGCAUUUGGCCUUUAAUCCUUGUUAGCUAGAUAUCAACCUUCCAGUUGAUCCACUGCCUAUAUAUAAAACAAAAGAGGUUCAGACGAGCAUAUAUAAAAGACUUAUUACUGUAAACAAAGAGAGAGAGAGAGAGAGAGAGAAAAAAAGAAAAAGAAAAGCAGGUAUUGAGAAUAAAACCGUUAAAUUUAUGUCUCAGUUGGCGGCCUUGAACAUGCCUAGGCAUCUAAAAAGAAUGGGAGAUCUUCUACUAAUCAUGCUGGCUUUCACCAUGUUCAGCACCAGUGUUGGAACUUCUGAGGUUGCAGGGUGUAUAGAGAGGGAGAGACAAGCUCUUCUCAGCUUUAAACAUGGCCUUUUAGAUAAAGGUAACUUUCUAUCCUCCUGGACAAGCUCCAAUGAAGAUUGCUGCACAUGGAGAGGCAUCAGUUGUCAUAACCAAACCAGUCAUGUUAUCAUGCUCAAUCUUCGUCAGGAUGUGGACCAGUACUAUCAAUUCAAAAGCAUCAAAGGUGAGAUUGGCUCUUCACUACUUGAAUUGAAAUAUUUGAAGCAUUUGGAUCUUAGUUACAAUAACUUUACUAGGAUACCAAACUUCAUUGGAUCUUUCACUAGCCUCAACUAUCUCAACCUCUCAUAUAAUUAUUUCAUGGUUGGUACAAUUCCUUCGCAGCUUGGGAAUCUCACGAACUUGCGUAUCCUUGAUCUUCGUGAUUCUAUUAAAACGAUUGACAGCCUUCGUUGGCUUCCUCAUCUCUCUUCUUUGAGAAUCCUCAAAUUCGAGAGUACCAAUUUCACCAAAGCCGUUGAUUGGCUUAAGUCCAUUAAAUUGGCAUCCUCCUUAUCAAGCUUAGAGUUGAGCUAUUGUGAAUUUCCUAAGAUAGAUGCUUCACUUAUUUCCCAUUUAAAUUCUUCUAAUUCUCUAAGAGAUCUUUCUGUAGCCGGCAAUGGAUUUCAUCCAACAAUUAUUCCUUGGCUGCUUAAUGUUAGUAGUAACCUAGUUAAUCUCAUUCUAUAUUACAAUGGAAUAGGUGGGUUAUUUCCAAAUUCUAUUCCAAAUAUGGAGUCUCUUGAACAUAUUGACUUGUCAGGAAAUUCACUCGAAGGUGGAUUACCAAAAUCUUUGGGGAACCUUUGCAACCUGAAAGUAUUGCUGUUGAAUAACAACGAAUUUAAUGGAACAGUUCAUGAUCUUUUAGGGAACUUGAGUGGGUGUGCUAAAAAUUCAUUAGAGAUUUUGGGCUUGAAUGGGAACCAACUUAGAGGGUCAAUUCCUGACAUGGAAACAUUCUCAUCUCUGCGGGAACUGUAUUUGGCUGAAAAUCAACUAGAGGGUCCGUUUCCAUUUAGCCUAAGCCAAAUUCACAAGCUCGUUGUCCUGCAUUUAUAUCAAAACUUACUAACUGGGUCAUUGCCUGAUCUUUCAAAACUUUCCUUCUUGAGAGAGUUGAGGGUAGGUAACAAUAAGUUGAACGGUAGCCUACCAAAAAGUAUCGGCCAGCUAUCUAAUUUGGUGAUCCUGGAUGUUUCUUCAAAUAAUUUUACCGGGAUAGUCUCUAAAUCUCUCUUGCAAAAACUUUUCAAACUGCAAGCAUUGGACUUAUCCUCCAACUCUUUCACAUUGAAUUUCAAGUCCAACGGGAUUCUCCCUGGAGCAUUAUCGAUCUUAAAAUUGAAUUCACUCAAAAUAGGACCUCGGUUUCCCAGCUGGCUUCGAACACAAUUGAAUUUGAGCUACCUUGAUAUCUCUGAUGCCGGUAUUUCUGAUGUUAUCCCUGACUGGUUUUAUCCUAUGGUUUCUAACUUAGAUUACUUAAAUCUAUCUUUCAACCAUAUCAAUGGCACCCUGCAAAAUUUUCCAAUGGGAUUUGUUCGACUCUCUACAAUUGAUUUGAGUUCCAAUCUAUUGCAGGGUACAAUCCCAUUUUCACUUGAUGCAACAUUUAUAAAUCUCUCCAAUAAUAAAUUUACAAGGUUCAGGUCAUUUGUCUGUAAGCUCACAGAUAGGAAGACAUGGUUUCUUGACAUCUCUUACAACAUGCUAACAGGAAGCUUUCCUGAUUGUGGGAUGCAUUGGACAGAACUAUACGUUCUAAAUCUGGAAAGCAAUCAUUUAUCAGGAAUCCUCUCCAGCUCAUUGUCUUCAUUGUAUAAUAUUAAAACAUUGCGUUUGAGGAACAAUAACUUCUCUGGGAUGAUUCCAUUGUUACAAAAUUGUACUGAAUUGCAAUUUUUAGAUCUUGGCAAUAACAAGUUGAGUGGAAACAUACCCACAUGGAUUGGUCAAACAAACCUGGUAGUUAUUCGCCUAAAAUCGAACAAAUUAAAUGGGAGCAUGCCUUUGGAUCUAUGUAAUCUUUCUUCUCUUUCGAUACUGGAUCUUUCUCUGAAUAAUAUAUCAGGAAAAAUUCCUGCAUGUAUUCAAAAUUUGACCGCUAUGGCUUACAAUAAAUGGCCAAUAUUUGAUAGUACUUUUUUAAGUUUUGGAUUUAAUUUUGGAUAUGAGAGCGACUUUGAAACAAGGUCCGCAAACAGGGCACUGUUAGUGUGGAAGGGAAUGGAGUAUCCAUAUGUAAAAAUUCCUGAACAGCUAAGAAUGAUAGAUCUAUCAUGUAAUGCAUUGGUUGGAGAAAUCCCAGGAGGAUUGACAAAUCUUCUACUUUUGGUUCAACUAAACUUGUCAAGGAAUAGUUUGAAUGGAACUAUCCCGCAGAAGAUUGGACAACUGCAUUGGCUAGAAUCCUUGGACUUGUCCCACAACCAGCUUUCUGAAGAAAUUCCUUCAAGUUUAACAAACAUAUCUUCUCUUGCUUUCUUGGACUUGUCGUAUAAUCAGUUAUCUGGGAGAAUACCUACAGGCACUCAACUCCAAAGCUUUAAUGCUUCUUCAUAUGAAGAAAACAGAGGACUGUGUGGGCCUCCUUUGACAAGUAUGUGUCCUGGAGAUGAAACACCACAACCUCCUUCAGAUUCAGGUGUUGUUGGCAAAAGUGAUUUUGAAGAUGGUGGAUUGUGGUUUGACAUGCUGUGGCUUUAUAUAGGAAUUGGGAUUGGAUUCAAUUUUGCAUUUUGGAGUGUUUGUGGGACUUUGUUAUUAAACACUUCAUGGAGAAGGGCAUAUUUUGGGUUCUUGAGUAACUUGGGAGAUUGGCUUUAUGUCACAGUUCGCAUUAAGUGGAAUAAUGUCCGAAAGGGAAGGCUUCAAAACUAGCAGCUCACACUCACUUCAUAUAUAUUGAACUUCAAGUGGCUGAAACAAUUGAAGACUGCAAAUUCUCUAGCUUUGGUGGUGGGUUGUGGCCCCAUUGAAACACUAGUUCCUUUUCCUCCUUUUUUAUUCUUUAUUUUUUAUUUUUGUAAUUUUGCUUUUUGAGAAUUCUAUGGUAACUUCAUGUCUGUCCCUUGAAUACUUUGUUUUGGCACUUUGGCCUUUGAAUUGAAAUCAUUAAAACUUUGUACACUAUGCUUCAA